CCCUUGGGCUCGGCUGCGGGCCCGGCCGGUGUCGCACCGGAGCACACCGCAACGACCCCGUCCCUGCCCAACCCCGCACCCAUCUCGUUCCCUGGCGGCACCGCACUGAGCGUGGCCCCGCCCCGCGCGGUGACUCCGCCCUCGGUUUGCAUGUCCCCGCCCCCGCGCUACCCACGUGACCCCGCCCCGCCCGCGCUCCCCUCUCCGCCCGGGGGCACCCCGGAAGCGGCGGCGGCAGGACCCGGAAGCGCUGGCGGGGCAGGAUGGACGACACGCUCUUCCAGCUGAAGUUCACAGCAAAGCAGCUGGAGAAACUCUCUAAAAAAGCUGAGAAGGACUCUAAGGCCGAGCAAGCCAAAGUCAAAAAGGCUCUGCAGCAGAAGAACGUGGAGUGCGCGCGUGUCUACGCGGAGAAUGCCAUCCGCAAGAAGAACGAGGGCCUCAACUGGCUCCGCAUGGCCUCCCGCGUCGACGCCGUGGCCUCCAAGGUCCAGACAGCGGUGACCAUGAAGGGGGUGACGAAAAACAUGGCUCAGGUGACGAAGGCCUUGGACAAGGCUCUGAGCUCAAUGGACCUGCAGAAGGUGUCUGCGGUGAUGGAUAAGUUCGAGCAGCAGGUUCAGAAUCUGGACGUUCAUACGUCGGUGAUGGAGGACUCCAUGAGCUCUGCUACCACGCUGACUACACCGCAGGAGCAGGUGGACAGCCUCAUCGUCCAGAUCGCCGAGGAGAAUGGCCUGGAGAUCAUGGACCAGCUCAACCAGCUGCCCGAGGGGGCCUCUGCCGUGGGGGAGAGCUCCGUCCGCACCCAGGAGGACCAACUGUCCCGGAGGUUGGCUGCCUUGAGGAAUUAAGCUCUCCUGUCACCCCUGUGGACUGCUGCCCUGCACCGGUGGUACAGCCUGUGGGGUAGAGGAACUGGACUCCUUCCCCACCACUGCAUCGUGCUUGUUCUGACCCACCAGUCCUCCAGCAGCACGUCCCCAGCCCUGCCUGUGUUUGGACUCUUCUUUUGGGCUGUGAGGGUGCCACAGGUGCAGCGAUCCUGGCUCUGAGGGGAUGGUUCUGAGCCUCUCUGGGCUGCAGGAGCGCUUUGCCACUUCUGAUUUUCGGGGUGUUUUUCGUUUGAGACUUGCUGCUGGUUCCUGGCAACGUCCUGCUACUGAUUUAACACUGAAGGAACCCUUCUGGAGGCGGGUUGGGGGUGUCUCCUGGGGUGCUCCCCUCUGUGGGUGGCACACUCCUGUUGUUAGCUGUUCGAGGCCAUGUCUCUGAGGCCCACAGCAAGGAGCUGUUUGCAAGGAGCAGGGAGAUCCCUGCAGCUUCUUGGGAAGUGUUUACCUGGCCAGGGUGUUUCUGGGGAGGUUUGUGCCUUUCAGGAAGGGGAGGUGAUGUGGUGGCAUGCCUUCCCAAGCUGGAACUGGGUAGCAUUUGCAGGCUUCACCUCAUGGAUCUCCAGCUCCUUGUCCUGCCCUGCCAAAGCUCCCUGCGCCACAAAGUGACCUUUGAAACGCUCAUCCCUGCCCCACUGCAUCUGUCUGGAUCCCUGUCUCCAGCUGCCGGCUGGAAAUGGUUAUCCAGGCCCUGACCUCCCACUUGGACCAUUCCCUGCCCCACAUCCAGCAGCUGAGAGCAGGGCUGCAGCAGCAGCUGUGGUGGCCACAGCCUCGUCCCUAAAUGUCCCCACAGCUGGGAGGCUGUGACGGUGAAUCUCGCCCACCCUGCGCAUGUGGCCGUGGCUCAUCCCCUCCAUGUCUGCUGCUGUGCCCUGUGCCUCCUCCGUGCUGUGUGACCUGGAUGGAUGAGCACAGGGGCUGCUUCUGUCCCCUCUACUCCCAAAGCCUGGCUGCUUAUCCCUUGGCCCUGUCUCCUGGGGCCGAAGUUUUCUGUACCCUGUGGCUCCCAGGCCACCGAGAUUCUGAACUGAUGAGAAGCUGGAGGUGCUGGGCUGACGGGAAGCUCUGGAAUCUCGCCAGGAAGGAAAAGCCAUUUCCUUUGGCUGUCUGGAGGAGGAACUUUAACCUCCCCUCCGCAGGCUGUAAACGAGGGCCAGGGCCAGCGCUGAGCUGUGCCAGGUGUGGCAGAUGGUCCAGUUUAUCACUCUUAAAGGGAAUUUCAGGUCCUGUGCAGCUGCUUCUGUCUGUGCUGCCAGGAGGGGAGGGAAGCACUGGGAGAGGGGAGGCAGCUGCACCCCGCCCCCGCUGCUGGCUGGUGUUCCCCGAGGAGGGGCAGGGCUCAUGUCCCCAGCACACUCCACCAACAUUUUUCCCUGUUUGGGUGACUUUUCCUGAGUUGAGUGGCCUUGGCAGUGUGUGGCCAACAGAGCCUCCUUCCCCAGGAGGAGGAGGAGGCUUUGGGCUACAAACCCUCUGUGUGUGGUGGAGCGGUGGAUCUUGUGCCACCUCGCCAGAAAGCAGGAGUUUUGUGCCAGGGUCGCUGGGUCCUGCUCCCUGGCAUGGGUGCCAUCCUUGGGCUGGGGGCCUGGGACACAGCCUGUGGCCUGGGGAGCCCCUGGGCUGGGAAAGCUCCCUCUCCACUGUAGUGUUUCUCUGUGGUUUCAUUUCUGUCUUUUUUAAAAGCUUGUCUGGUUUGCCUUUCCCCUUUCUCCCCCCAGCCCUCUUUCUGCUGUUUUAAAUAAACAAUCAAGCCCUGAA